AUUAUUUCAUUGGUUUAAUUUCAGAAUUACAUCUUCUCCUUGUUGACUGGAUACUGUGACCCACCUGCUGGUGUCACUCUCCGAGAUGGCUUAUACUACAAUCCUUACUUUGUUGGAGGUGCUAUUGGCAUGGCUAAGGCUCUGUACAAUGAGGUUAUGGAAUACAGUGAUGGUACCCCAGCCACAGCCUCGCAGAUGGCCAAGGAUGUAGCUGUAUUCUUGAAGUGGGCAGCAGAGCCUGAGCACGACCAGCGCAAGAAAAUGGCCCUGAAGUGUAUCAUGAUGUUCUCGCUAUUGACUGCCAUUACGUACUACAUCAAAAGACACAAGUGGAGUGUACUGAAGAGCAGGAAGAUUGCCUACAAGCCAGUUCGAUAAGCUAAUGACAAUUCAACAAGAGCAAAUUAGGGAAUUAGGGAUUAGAUAUUUUUUUUUAAGUCCCUGGUAAGAAACCAUUCAGUUCUCUAAAAUUAUGGCAAGUUGUUUUCUACCAUGUAUGAAUGUUUUAUAAUUUUCAUGUUUUUAAUUCCCCUACUCUGUACAUUAUGUCCAGUGGUAGUCAAGUAAAUGUUACUGUAGUUUUUAUCAAUUGCCCAUGUGAUGGAAAUCUGGUUUCUACUGUGUAGGAAGGUUGACUAAUUGUUAAUAGGAAUUGACAAAUGGAAAUUACUUUGGGACAGGUUGACCAGUGUAAAUAGAUAUUUAUAAGGCAAUUAUCCUCCAAAGGGUUGCCAGAAAAUUGUCAUGUACAUUACCAUACAGAAAAAAAUAUAUACCAUUUAAGA